CCCCGCCCAUUCCUGGUGACGGUGCACUGUGGCAGGCAGUCAGUCAGUCAGUCACGUCGGCAUGAGAAAACGAGACAAAAGCUGUCACAGGUUGACACAAAACUACUUUAAAGACUAUAAUUAAGUGCUGCUUUUUCCUCGCGCACACAAUGCCGAGACGACUCGUGUGCACUGUAGCACGUAAGAAAGCCUGACGACAAGAAGCAAGGUGGCUAAUGCUACUACCCAAAGUAGCUGUCUGUCUCUUCACUUUUAAGAAUCAUGACGCAGGAAGGCAGUGUGUGUGAAGUCACCCUUGGUGUCGGGGGCAUGACUUGUGGUUCCUGUGUCCAAUCCAUAGAGCAGCGCAUCGGUUCUCUGCCAGGGGUGAUACACAUAAAGGUCUCUUUAGAGCAGGCGAAUGCAACGGUCAUUUUUAAUGACAGCCAACAAAGCGCAGCGUCCCUCCUGGAGGCCAUUGAUGACAUGGGCUUUGAAUCAAGUUUACCUACGGCCAUACCCGUUAGAACUGAUAGCCCGCUGAUCCCAACAUCAAGACAGCCACCUUUAGCUCCACUGGAGGCUUUGAAGGUCUCUGAGAGUCCAGAAGACGAGGGCCUCAAUGUCACCCUGUCAUCGACGCCUGCACAGGAGCUCGCUGAAGUCAGGUUGAGGCUCUCGCCAUCGGAAAGCGUCACUCCUGGCACCGCUGUGCCAAAAGACUUGCCCGUGUCUCCAUCUCACAGCACAGACAGCACAGACAGCAGAGCGACGCUCCUGAAGAUGAGCAUUCAAGGCAUGACUUGUCAUUCCUGCACCACCACCAUUGAGGGGAAGAUUGGAAAAUUGAAAGGGGUUGAAAAGAUCAAAGUCAUCUUGGAUUCUCAGGAAGCUACCAUUGUGUACCUGCCUUGCCUCAUCAGCGUGCAGACCAUCAUCGACCAGAUUUCUUUGGCCGGCUUCAAGGCUUGUGUGAAGUUCAAACCACGGCCCCUGCAACUCUCCCAGUUUGUGGAUUCUCAUAAAGCAGGUGUUUCUUCACCAGCGGACACUUCUGAGGAGACAGAACACUUUAUUGACACGACUCGAGUGGCGCUCACGGUGAAAGGCAUGCACUGUCGAUCCUGCGUGGUCAAUAUCCAAGACAACAUCUCUACGCUGCCCGGUGUGUCCUCUGUGGUGGUCUCUCUCGAGGACGAGAAAGCCUCCAUCUGCUACGACCCGCUGACAGUCACAGUGCCUCAGUUGCGACAGGCAAUUGAAGCACUCCCUCCGGGGAACUUCAAAACUCAACCCUGGGAGUCUUCAGGGCUCCACAGCCCUCCAGCUACCUCAUCUCCACCUGUUUUAGCUGCGCCUCGAGCAUUUGCACGAUCCUUGGUCAACCGUGCUGUACCCCAGCCUUGUUUUAUCCAACCGCUGGCGUCCAUGGCUAAGAUUCACAUUGAGGGCAUGACAUGCCAUUCUUGCGUCCAGUCAAUAGAAGGCAUGAUGUCUCAGAGAAAAGGGGUGACGUCAGCACGGGUGUCUUUGGCCGAUAAGCAAGGCCUCUUUGAAUAUGACCCCCUGUUGACCUCCUUAGUCGAGCUUAGGGACGCCAUAGAGGACAUGGGCUUUGACGCUUUCUUAUCUGAGAGCAAUUCCUUGCCAGCUGUGUCGCCUCCCGGUGUCCUCAAGUCUCCAAGUGUCGUGCCAGUUAAUGAGCAAUUAGACAUCACCCCCCUCAAUGGGACCACCCAGGAUUACAAAACGGGCAAGAGGGACAAACUCUCAAGUGCAGACAAGUGCUUCAUCCAGAUCAGAGGCAUGACUUGUGCGUCAUGCGUGGCAAACAUUGAGCGAAACCUCAAAAAUGAACCUGGUGUCUAUACUGUUCUGGUCGCGUUAAUGGCUGGAAAGGCGGAGGUGCGCUUUAAUGGCGAAAUGAUCGACCCUGCGAAGAUUGCGGAAUGUGUGAAUGAGCUGGGCUUCUCCGCCUCAGUCAUGGAGAACUAUGAAGGUUCAGAUGGAAACUUGGAAUUAGUGGUGAGGGGGAUGACUUGUGCCUCUUGUGUCCACAAAAUUGAAUCCAGCCUUACGAAGGAAAAUGGGAUCAAAUAUGCCUCUGUGGCCUUAUCAACCAAUAAGGCACACAUUAAGUAUGACGCUGAAGUUAUUGGCCCACGCGACAUCAUCAAGUUGAUUGGGAAUUUGGGUUUUGAAGCAUCUUGGGUGAAGAAGGACCGUGCCACCAGUCAUUUGGACCAUAGUAAAGAGAUAAGACAGUGGAGGAAAUCUUUCCUGGUGAGCCUGAUCUUCUGUGUGCCAGUGAUGGGUAUGAUGGUAUAUAUGAUCAUCGUGGACCACCAGAUGAACGCUGCUCACCAACACAACGCCACGGCUGAGGACCGCAACUUGUACCACGCCACCAUGUUCCUGGAGAGACAGUUGCUCCCAGGCCUCUCGGUCAUGAACCUGCUCUCCUUCCUUUUUUGUGUGCCUGUGCAGUUCAUCGGCGGCCGUUACUUCUACGUUCAAGCCUACAAAGCAGUAAAACACAAAUCUGCCAACAUGGAUGUGCUUAUCGUCCUGGCCACCUCCAUAGCUUUCACGUACUCCUCCAGCGUCCUAAUAGUGGCCAUGGUGGAGAAAGCAAAAGUCAACCCCAUCACCUUUUUCGACACACCGCCUAUGCUGUUUGUCUUCAUCUCCCUGGGACGCUGGUUGGAACAGAUAGCCAAGAGCAAAACGUCGGAGGCUCUUUCCAAGCUCAUGUCACUGCAAGCCACCGAGGCCACAGUGGUCCUCCUCAGUAGCGAUUCAACUAUUCUAAGUGAGAAUCAAAUGGACGUUGAGCUGGUGCAGAGGGGAGAUGUGGUAAAAGUAGUUCCUGGUGGAAAAUUUCCUGUCGAUGGAAGAGUCCUUCAAGGGCAAUCUAUGGCGGACGAGUCUCUCAUCACAGGGGAGGCCAUGCCCGUGACCAAGAAGCCGGGGAGUGUUGUGAUUGCAGGCUCCAUUAACCAGAAUGGCUCGCUGCUGGUCAGCGCUACUCAUGUGGGCAUGGACACCACGCUGUCUCAGAUUGUCAAACUUGUCGAAGAGGCUCAGACUUCAAAGGCUCCCAUCCAGCAGUAUGCUGAUAGGAUCAGUGGCUACUUUGUGCCCUUCAUUGUUGGCGUGUCAGUUCUUACUUUGAUUUCCUGGAUAGUGAUUGGGUUCAUGGAUUUCCCCCUGGUGGAAAAAUACUUUCCGGGUUAUGACAAAAGCAUUUCCAGGGCGGAGGCGGUGAUUCGCUUUGCUUUCCAGGCCUCCAUAACCGUGUUAUGCAUCGCCUGUCCCUGCUCCCUCGGUCUGGCGACCCCGACGGCUGUCAUGGUGGGCACCGGGGUCGGAGCCCAAAAUGGCAUCCUGAUUAAAGGAGGGGAACCUUUGGAAAUGGCACAUAAGGUCCAAACAGUGGUGUUUGAUAAGACUGGGACCAUUACGUAUGGUGCUCCAAGCGUCGUCCAGGUCAAAAUAGUUGUGGAGGGUAACAAAAUGCCUCGCUCCCGACUGCUCGCCAUCGUGGGCACAGCAGAGAACAACAGUGAGCAUCCUCUGGGAGUAGCUAUCACCAAACACUGCAAGCAGGAACUCGGCACAGAGUCGCUCGGCAUGUGCACUGACUUCCAGGCCGUGCCGGGCUGCGGCAUUCGGUGUCAGGUCAGCAACACCGAGAUGCUGUCAAAGCACGGGGAUGGGGAUGACGAGGACAACAACCAGCGCAACAGCAUGCUUGUUCAGAUCAGCGACACCAUCACGUCAACCAGCUCCCAUUCUCUCAUCAUGGAUCCGCAGCCACUCCGCCCGUCCCAGACUGCAAGCUACGUAGUCCUGAUUGGCAAUCGAGAGUGGAUGAGGAGGAAUUGUCUACAUAUCCGAAACGAUAUCGAUGACGCCAUGAUAGAGCACGAGCGCAGGGGUCGCACCGCUGUCCUGGUUGCCGUCGACAAUGUGCUGUGUGCCAUGAUAGCCAUCGCAGACAUAGUGAAACCGGAAGCUGAGCUGGCAGUCCAAACUCUGACCUGCAUGGGCUUGGAGGUCGUGUUGAUGACGGGAGACAACAGCAAGACAGCACGGGCCAUUGCUGCACAGGUGGGCAUCAGGAAAGUGUUUGCGGAGGUGUUGCCGUCCCACAAAGUGGCCAAGGUGGAGCAGCUGCAGCAGGCGGGGAAGAGGGUCGCCAUGGUAGGCGACGGCAUCAACGACUCUCCUGCUCUGGCCAUGGCUGACGUCGGCAUCGCUAUAGGAACCGGCACAGAUGUAGCCAUCGAGGCAGCAGACGUGGUUUUGAUCAGGAAUGACCUGCUGGAUGUGGUCAGCAGUAUCGACCUCUCUAAAAAGACUGUCAAGAGGAUCAGGAUCAACUUUGUCUUUGCUCUCAUCUACAACCUGGUUGGCAUUCCCAUUGCUGCAGGUGUGUUCCUUCCCAUCGGUUUGGUGUUACAGCCGUGGAUGGGCUCUGCCGCCAUGGCCUUGUCGUCCGUCUCUGUGGUUAUGUCCUCGCUCCUACUCAAAUGCUACACCAAGCCCAGCGCAGAAAAGUUGGAGGCUCGAUUGGAGUCGCGGAUGGGCCGCUGCGCGCGGCAAAGCAGCCUGUCCGAUGUCAGCGUCAACAUCGGGAUGGGCGAACUGCGGCGAUCCUCACCCAAGCUUAGCCUCCUCGACCGCAUCGUCAAUUACAGCCGGGCGUCCAUCAACUCGUUGCGCUCCGACAGGAACUCGAUCCACAGCCAGGUGCUCAGUGAGCCCGACAAACACUCGCUCCUGGUGGGAGAGGCGCCCUGCGACGAGGAGUUCUGCUGAAGGCCAUUGUCACUAAGUGCCCAAGGUAGCUCCGUUUUUCUCCCCCGGGCGGCUUUUGCCGAUGGCGCCAUCUGGGUGGAAGAUGCUGUGGCGUCACACUUGACUCCAAGAAUGCGUGUGCACCAAGCACUUCAGAGCAAACUGGCUCGCCUCCCUCUCUUCUUCACCCCCCCCCCCCCAUUUUGGCAAUGUGAGCGUGCUGCUGCACUCUGACAGCAGCCGUCUUAAUGUGCCUGUGUACCCAAAGACCUUUUUAAGUUUGCGCUCUUUUUCAUUCAAUGUAUGGAAUAUUUAUAUCUACCCUUAUUUAUCUCGCAUUCAUCCAAAUCUGUGAAAAAUUUGAAUGAUGCUCGAGAGCAAGUCGGAAACGGUGUUAGCCAAGUGCCAGUAGAAAUGUCGUCGUGGCAUAGUCCAGUACAUUCCAAAGAGAGCACCUUGGACACAACAGCCGUCAAGUGUUGCCAUGGCAACGUACAGGCCUUAACGGGACGCAAUCUGCUGUUAUCUUGUUACAUUUGUGCCGCUCAUUGCUGUGCAGUUUAUCUUUUCUAUGUCAAGCAAGUGCAUUUAGGCCAUCAGUAGCCUACUGAUUGUAUGGUGGUAAUGUAGUGUCGUGCGUUACUGCUUCCAAGCUUUUUUGUCUUCACAAGUUGUGGUCCUAAUUGCAUUUUUCAAUCUUGGCUGGUUUACUGCUUGGCUACAUUCCUUUUGAUCUUUAUUUUUUGCUCUGUCAGCACAUUGUCACACAAGAGUCCAAGUCGUCACUUUGGUUUUGUUUUAGUUGGUGAAGAGACAGUGGAAGUUGUUAAAAAGAAAAUGACGUGUGUCCUGAAGUCCACUGAGCGUUAUCACGUCAGCCUAUUUAAGCGACUCCCAUAGAGCGCCACAUUACGUCUACAUGUACGGUUAAAUGAAGCAAGUGUUCCCUGAAUGUUCUAAAUUCAGGGGUGGGGAGCCUACGGCUAUGGCUCACAAGAACUUUUAAUCCAGGCUGCCAUGCAACUCUGUCCAAAAAUAAGACUCCUAAUUUAUACUUAAUAAACAUUGAUUUAAUGUUG